AGGCCCCGCCCGGAGGAGGCUGGCCGAAGCUGGGGCUCGGUGCUGGCUUUGCUCCGCCUUCCUCGCUUUCCAGGGAAAGGUCUCUUUCUUCCCGGGAGCUGAGAUCUCUCUGCCUCCUUCCUGCAGAGCUGAGCUUUCUCUGCCUCCUUCCUGCAGAGCUGAGAUCUCUCUCUGCCUCCUUCCUUCGGAGCUGAGAUCUCUCUUGCCGGCUUCCCCCGCAGCCGAGAUCUCUCUCCUCCUCUGAGCUGAAACCUCUCUGCCUCUUUCCCCAGAACUGAGAACUCUGUCUUCUUCCCCCAGAGAUCUCUCUGCCUUUGCCCUUUGAGGCCGAGAUCUCUCUUCCUUUUCUUAGAGCCGAGAUCUCUCUGCCUUCUGAAAAGCUCCUCUGCACGUGCAGGUCCCAGGUCAGCUUGCAGAUGAUCAAAGCCCGGAACCAGAGACAUGGCCCCUGGCAGCCAGAGACUCUCGUCCCAGGUGACCUUCAAGGAUGUGGUGGUCGACUUCACUGAGGAGGAGUGGGGGCUCCUGAAUCCUUCUCAGAAGAAGCUGUACAAGGAAGUCAUGUUGGAGAAUGUCAAGAAUCUGCUGUCCCUGGUUUUAGAGACCAGGUUUGAAGUAAAUGAGAUGAUUAGAAAACUGGGGAUUUUGAUGGAAGAAACUGACCUGCAAAGAUUCUUGAGUGAUGCUCUCUGUAACUUCACUUUGAGUGAAAUCCAUGACUUUCAAGUCAGAGAAGAUAAAAAUCCAAAGAGUAAUUAUGAAUUUGAUGAAGUUGGAAAGAGAUUCAGACAGCUUUCAUUCCUGUAUCAAUGCAACCAAAUGACCUCAGGAAAUAACUGUCUUCUGGAUUGUGACUAUAGGAAAUGUUUUACUAAACUGAUAAAGGAUUUUCAGUCCCUAGAGAAGCCUCCUGAAAUGCAUAUUUAUCCAGAUAAUCAAUGUGAAAUGGCUUUGAAGUGUAAUUCAGAACUCAUUACAGAUCAGAAAAGUGAUACUGAAGAAAUGUUUUGUGUCGGUAAGCAAGUUUGGAAGGCCUUGAAUAAGAACUCUAAGCUCAUUACUCAUCAGGAAAUUCACAUUAGAAAGCAAGUUGAUAAAUAUAAUGAAUAUGAAGCAACCUCAAUGAAUCAUUCAUUUCUUCCUUACCAUCAUAGAUUUGACCCUAGAAUGAAGAAGUAUGCAUUUCAUGAGUAUGAGAAGGCCACCGAUCAAAAUUCAGAUCUUGAUAUACAUCAGAAGAUUGAUACUGGAGGAUGUUAUAAAUGUCAUGAAUGUGGAAAGGAUUUCUCUUAUAGAUCACUCCUUUUUGGCCACCAGAGAAUCCACACUGGGAAGAAACUUUUUGAAUGUAAUCAAUGUGGAAAGGCUUUUACAAAGAGCUCCAAUCUAACUAGACAUCGGCGAAUCCACACUGGAGAGAAACCUUUUGCUUGUAAUGCAUGUGGAAAGGCUUUCACAUAUAGGGCCAGUCUUACUGAACAUCAGAGAAUCCACACUGGAGAGAUACCUGUUGACUGUAAUCAAGGUGGAAAAGUUUUCACAAAGAACUCCAAUCUUGCUCAACAUCAGAGAAUCCACAGUGGAGAGAAAUGUUUUGAUUGUAAGCAAUGUGGAAAGGCUUUCACACACAGGGCCAGUCUUACUGAACAUCAGAGAAUCCACACUGGAGAGAAACCUUUUGAAUGUUAUCAAUGUGAAAAGACUUUCACAAAGAGAUCAAGUUUUGCUGCACAUCAGAGAAUCCACACUGGAGAAAAACCUUUUGGUUGUAAUCAAUGUGGAAAGGCUUUCAGAUAUAGCUCCAAUCUUGCUGAACAUCAGAGAAUCCACACUGGAGAGAAACCUUUUGAUUGCAAUCACUGUGGAAAGGUUUUCACAAGAAACUCCUAUCUUACUGAACAUCUGAGAAUCCACACUGGAGAGAAACCUUUUGCUUGUAAUAAAUGUGGAAAAGCUUUCACAAUGAGGUCAAGUCUUGCUGCACAUAAGAGAAUUCACACUGGAGAGAAGCCUUUUGGUUGUAAUCAAUGUGGAAAGGUUUUCACAAGAAGCUCCAAUCUUGCUCAACAUCAGAGAAUUCACACUGGAGAAAAACCUUUUGAAUGCAAUCAGUGUGGAAAGACUUUCACACAGAGGUGUCAUCUUGUUAAACAUCAAAUAAUCCAUACUGAAGAGAAACCUUAUAAAUGUAAUCAAUGUGGAAAAACUUUCACAAAGAGCUCUAGUUUAGCUCUACAUCAGAGAAUCCACAAUGGAGAGCAACAUUUUGAUUGUAAUCAGUCUGGAAAGGCUUUCACAAGGAGGUGCCAUCUUGCUCCUCAUUAGAGAAUCUACAUUAGAGCUAAUAUAAUAAAAAUGACAAUUUUUGCCUAACUGAUUUCUAUAUUCAAUGUCUUCUCAAAUGACCAAAAGUUUAUUUUAAUGAAUUAAAAAAAAAUAACAAUUAAUUUGAAAAAACAAAAAGCCAAGAAUAUCAAAGAAACUAAUUAAAAAUGAUAAUAUGAAGGAAAUUUGGCAGUAUCAGAUCUUAAAUUCUACUAUAAAGCAGUAAUUACUUAAAACUAUGUGGUAUUGGAUAAGAAACAAAAAGGUAAAUAAUUAGAACAGAGUAGAAAUCCAGGUAACAGCACCAAAUCACUCGAGUAAUCUGAUGUCUUACAAGUGUAAAGACCUGAGUUUGUCAGAUAAGAAUUCAUUAUUUAGUUAAAAAAUGUUGUUGGGAAAACUGGAAAACUAUCUGGCAAAAAUUGAUCAAAGGCCAGUAUUUUAGACCAUUCUCCAAUAUAAGGUCAAAAUAGAUAUGUCAUCGAUAUCUAAAGAGAAAUAUUACCAAAAAAAAUUUUUAACAUGGACCAUUAUCUAUCAGACUUAUGGAUAAGUGAAGAAUUUGUGAAUAAACAAGAGUGUGGGAUAUAAAAUGGGUAAUUUCACUUGUAUUAAAUUAAAAAGAUUUUCUACAAAUAAAGAAAUUUAACCAGGAUCAGAGGGAUAGCAGAAAACAGGGGAGAAAAUUUUAUAGACAGUUUUUCAGAUAUAGAUCUCAUAUCUUAAAUACAUAAAGAACUUUGUCUUUCUUUUUCUAUUUUGGAUUUAGUUCAAUAAAAAAAUACAAAGAAAAAACUACUUUGAGUAAUUAAUCAUUUUGACUACUACAAAUACCUAAGUGAAUUACAAAAUAUCUAGGAAAGAAAAUGCUUUGUGCAUCCAGACAAGAAUUGAUAAAUGGAAAUAUAUUUAGAAUGAUUUUACAUAUAUGUACGUAUGUAUGUAUGAAUAAGUAUAUAUUUUUGGAUUUAAUAAUAGUCAUCUGUAGGGUAGGGUUGGAGGGAAGAAAAAAAAUACACAAUAACUUUGCCAUAUAUUUAAACAAUAGCAAAUUUUA